AUGCAUUUCCCAAUUGUUUCAUCGCUGUUGUGUCUGGCCGGGUUGGCGGCUGUGCCCGUCAGCGGCUAUGGCGGUAAUGAUCCCGACAUCAAAGCUAUUCCGCUCCGAACUCACAGUCUCACGCCGCCCUACCUUGAUUCGGAUUUCCAAAGCCGCUGGUUCGACUUCGGAGGUGAUACUGUGAUCCGAGCUGAUAAAUAUAUUCGCCUGACCGCGGAUCGCCCCUCUCAACAAGGCUGGAUCUUUUCUCGGGUGCCUCUGACGGCGACCAACUGGGAGAUUGAAGUUGCAUUCGAGGUUCACGGCAACGGCAACCUUCACGGUGAUGGCUUCGCCAUGUGGCUGACCAAGCAGCGUGCCACGCAAGGUCCCGUCUUUGGCUCAACGGAUCGCUUCGAGGGUCUCGGCAUCUUCGUUGACACUUACAAGAACAACCGCCCCGGCGUGUCCUUCCCGUAUGUCAUGGCCAUGAUGGGCGACGGCGCAACCACUUACGAUCAGGCUCACGAUGGCAAGGCCAAUGAACUGGCUGGCUGCUCCGCUCGAGGCCUCCGCAACGCUCCCGUUCCCACCAAGCUCCGCCUGACCUACUUCCAGGAUAAGUCCCUGACUUUGGACCUGCAGUACAAGUCUGAGGACUCUUGGACCAACUGCUUUACCUUGAACGCCGAGGAAACCAAGAUUGCUAUUCCCUCUGUUGCCUAUCUUGGUCUUUCCGCCGAGACGGGUGAGCUCAGCGAUAACCACGACAUCAUUUCCGUCAAGUCGGAGAAUCUGUACGCACUGAACCGCCACACCGGAAGCACCAAGUCCGACACCAAGUCCCGCAACCCCAGCAACAACAAUAACAACAACUACGCACCCCACAAGGAGUCCGGCAGCUGGUCAUGGUUCCUCUUCAAGUUCGUCCUGUUGAUUGGAGUUUGCGUGGGUGGCUACUUUGGCUGGACGAUCUACCGGACAAAGGUUCGGGCUUCUCGGUUCUAG